AUGGAUCCAGCUUAUCUGAACAAGAAGAUCGUCGACCUGAGCGACGCCGAGCUCAUUGCCCUCGGGUUCCUGGGCGAAAACGCUGCUCCGGAUGUCAAACGUAUCGUCGAGACGGUGAAGGCCCGCCCCGAUCACCUAGGCACCGUGACCUGCUUCAUCUCCAGCGCUACCCGCUUCUUCAAGAUCCCCACCAAGACUGCCCACGGCGUCUUCAACACGCCGCUCAACGACGUGUGGCACGAUACCGUCGCUCCUCGGAUCCUGGCGUUGAUAAAGGCCCGCGGGCUCAAGUACUCCAUGCUCACAACAGCUCGCUUCUCGACCAUUGAGGAUGGCAGCGAGGACAAGACUUUCGGCCCCGUCGUUGUGUGGAUUGCUGUUCGUCCUAAUACCACCACUGCCGGGGCUGUUCGUGAUGCCACGCCAGACAUCCUCCGCAUCCUUGCUGAUGUUGAGAUCACUGAUGUCGUUGUUGAGUGGUACGAGGCGUCAGUCGUCCGAAUGGCCAGCAGCAGUGCCAUAGUGCCACAGCCCAUGGGAUACAGGAUACGGUACACUGGUGCUGAUGCCUGCAGUGGGGAAAUGAGAGAAGUCGGGGAUGGUGGUACCAGUAUUAUAGAAAGCAGAGAGAUCGAAUAG